AAAAAAAGAAGGAUACAUAUAUACUGCUUUAAAGCAGUAUUCAGUAUGAAUUCAUACUGAAGACAACAGGGAGUUGAUCAUAGAAACACAGUUUACAGUACAACAAACCUUUCUUCAGUAAAAUCAUGCACUGACAGUCUAUCUGGAAACAAUCAACUAUGUGAAUAAACUCACUAUGACUUGAGAUAUCAUCUCAGCGUGCAAUGGACGUACAGUGUAACGCAGUCAGACGUGGCGAAUAAAAAUUAAAAACAGAGAAAAAUUAACUACAUAAUCUAGUUAUUUAAUUAAAAAUACAUUAUGAAAUGACAAAAUCUAAGGUUACUUGAACGUACAAAUGACAGUGUGCGAUACAUUAAGUUUACAUGGUUGCGUUGCGGAUAAGAUCAACCUCACACAUCAGCACCGAACCAUGUAUGGGUAAGCCCUGCUACACAUCUCUUACAACCGUAAGCUAGCUUUGAUUAAACACUUUCCGAUAUAUUGAAAUCCUUUCGAAUAUAUCUUUGAACCUUUUCGUUUUAACUUUUAAUUUGGCGGUAUGGCACAUUUUAAUUAUAAAGAUGUUACGCAUAAAGACGUUGUUAAACUCCGUAUACCUGUGGUAUCAUUAAUAUCUUGCAUACUCAAGAUUCAACAACAAUUCUGUCCAAAACCACUUUGUGAUUAUGGAUCUCAAAUCUAGUCGGAACUAGAUUAGAAAUGAAAAGCAUAAAAUGGUUUGACUCAGAGUAAACCGUCUGUUAUUCAUUUUUGAAAGUUCUCAGUUAUAAACAGCAAAUUAUAUAUGUUGUAGAUCGUCAAAGUAGAUGAUCUAUAUCGAAUAAUAUGAAGCCUAUUUGGGUGAAACGGGAAUGGUGCAACAAACGAGCUAACGUCGAGGUCACACCUCGUGGUCAGCACCUUACAUGAACUACCCCAUCGACGUAUCAAGGUACCCUAGAUGCUUUGAUAACUGUACAACACAGAGAACGUUAUUGCAGAAAUAUCUUGAUUACAGUAGAUGCAAGCGAAAGCGAAACCAUUGCCGCAUGGGCCAAUCCAUGGUGUGUGAUUCACUGAUGUGCGUUGGUUGUUCUUGACUUUGAUGAGGAUCGAUGAUUUGUUCGAUAUUCAAUGACCCGAUUUCAGGAUGAAUUUGCUAGGGCUCAGGGGAAUUUCACUGGCCCUAAAAUCUGUGUAAUAAGAAACUCAUCUUUGUUAUGCUUUUAGAACACGGCUAAACCCUUUUGCGACUUGUAAUAUAGAUGUCCUGGAUAGUUAGAUACAUGGACAGAACAGUAAGAUCAGAAAUAAAUCUCAACUAGUAUACUCUGUGAUUAAAAAAUGGAAAGUGAUUAUGUUUUGGUGAUUCAUAAAAUGGUGCUGAAGAAUUUUUGCUCGUCGUUAAUAAGAAGAAUAUUGUAUGAACAAACUAUGUUACAAAGAGAAGGAAGAUGAAUGUCUGUGAUUAUCUGCUUUAUUCUUGGCAGUGAACUACAUGACCUUUCUCAUCUGAUAUUCCUGAAACCUGUUAAGAUAGGAGAACAUGUGAGUGCAUCCCAUCUCUGAACUACUUUCCAUGUUAUGCUCAGACAUUUGGACUACCAGCUGAUCAUGUUGAACAGUUUUUCUACUAUAGAUAAAUAAAACUCUGAAACAGAAUAAUUUGCUUGUCAAUAUUUUUGGGCAUUAGUGAUACUUUUGUAUUGCUGUCAAGUGGGUUGCAUCCAUUAGCUUUCCUGUUUCUAGCCCAUGAUUACCCAUAAGCGUAUGUAUCAUUAGCAACAUUAUUUUUUUAAACUAAACCACGAAACCGUAAAUACGGGUUCAUUUCCUAGCAGCAUUCACCCUCGUUCUAUCAAUAGAAGAAACCGUAAUUGUAAUGAGUAGGUCUGUAUUUAGAUGAACGGACAGAACAGCUGUAGUGCGACGUUACCUUUUUCAAACACAGAGUUUUUUCAACAUUAAACGUAAAAUAAUAAGAAGUAUAAUGUCUAUACGAAAUAAGGAAAUAAAUGAAUACUUGAGCUAUAAAGUUUUAACAUUACUAAGAUGUUUGUGGCCGACGUUUAGCUUGUCAACCUAAUUUUUCAGAAAAGCUAAUUAAAAACACCAUUCUUCUCUUCCUAAACAUUCAUAGAUAUUUGUUAACUACAACCACAGUUCAUGGUUCUUUUAAAACACUCACAGUUUGUAUGGUGUAUACAGUGACAAUUUCUCCACCAUCAAAAUAAGCAUUUUUAGUCAAAAUAUUUUCCAUGGUAUUGAAAUUGUCACUCGACAUUUAUCACCUUUAUUAUAUACCAUACUUUAACCAACUUUACAUCUAGUCAAAGCUAGUAUCUAUAAUCAUUCUUUAUCACUUAAUUAUUUCCGUAUUAACUAGAAAUCGUUUGAAUGUAAUCGAAAGUUAUCUCAAAAUAUAUAUUCACUUUCUUUUUUCCAAUCGUUUCCUGGAUCUUACAGUUCAGUUCAUUUUAGCCGUUUUCCAAAAGAUUUUGACAAAGUAGUAAAGAAUAUCUCAAAGUCUUUUCAAAAUAUUGAAAAUUAAAACACAUGAGAAAUAUGAAUGAUGAAUCAUGUUAACUAUUUCAAUUAAUCUGUCAAAUGAUUCAAAUUAUAAACUUCACCUAUUCAAACCGCAUUGUAACCACCUACCUACUAAACAGUAUCACGGUUGAUAAUCGCUAGAACCUUCAUUAUUGACAGUAUUAAAGUCACAUAACUGUACUUCAAAGAAUGUGCAUUCUAACAGAAAAGCUAAACUACAAUUUGAAUUGAAGAGUGAGAGAGAGUUUAAUAAAAAAAUGAAUAAGAAUGAAUUCACUACAAUUGAUACACAAUAUGCUAAUGAACAGGAACAUCAAGGUAUUUCAUCAAUAUUUGCAUCAAGAAAAAAUUUCAUGGAAUGGUUUCGAUCAUUCUUCGAUAGAUCUUUAGUAAUAUAUCAACUGUUUUACUUUUCAUAUUAUGCUGCAUUUGGUUCACUUUUCCCGCUUAUAUCAAUCUAUUUUAAACAACUUGGAUUGAAUGCUUUACAAUGUGGUAUUCUAAGUGGGACAAGAUCAUUAGUCGAGUGUUUUGCAGCACCAUUUUGGACUGCAUUAGCUGAUAAAUGGAAGAAAGGCAAGAUGUUUGUUUUAGUUAGUUUAUUCUUUGCCAUGGCAUUCACACUUGGAUUAGGAUUUGUACGUCCAACACCAGAAGGUUGUUUAGUAAGUUUACCAAGAUCAACAAGGUACAAUGCUACAGCGAGUGAUGAUGAAGAUGGUUUAAUUUUGAGUAUUAUUCAACCUUAUAAAGCAUCAAGAUAUGAUGAUGUUAAAUCUGUUGAUAUGGAUAGAGAUUUAGCGUUGAAAAUCCGUAAUCAAUUAGGACAAUCACCACUUUAUCUAAACACUAAACUAUUAGUAUCUCCACCAAAAAUGAAAGCGACACGUUGGGGUACAGGUGUUGGACAACAGACUGGUGAUCAAAAUCUUUAUGCAAGAACACAAGCCUAUCAUGAUCCUACCCAAUUUCCACCUGGAAGUCUUGUUAUGCCUCUUUAUUCCACAGUUGUUUAUGGUCAAACAAAAAUCAACCAAAUAUUCAUUGUAAUCCUAUUAUUGGUACUUUUUAGUGAAAUUAUGUCAUGUGCUGCUAUACCAAUUGUUGAUGCAGCAGUUUUACAACAAAGUGGAAUAGAUUUUUGUAAUAAUUACGAAAAACAACGUAUAUUCGGUUCGAUUGGUUGGGCAUUAUCAAUGUUUUUCAUUGGAUUAAUAUUAGAUCAUUCUACAAGUUUUCCUGACUAUCCAUGUUUACAUCCUGGUUAUCGUGAAAAAAAUUACAUGGUAUGCUUUGCAACAUAUUCAGUUUUUAUUGCAUUUGCUUUAUUCAUUGCAACACAAUUCACAUUUCAAUAUGAAGGUGAUUCAGAGAGUAUGUAUUUUAAAUUAGUGAAAGAUAAAAUGGCUAGAACAUUUUUGGGUAGAACAACGAAAAGUCGUUCAAAGUUAGUAAAUGAAGAUGAUGAAGAGGAUGUUGGUGCAAAAGAUUGGAAACCUGACCCAUUACUCCAUGAAAUAGAAACUGGAAAAGUUACUAGCAAAGAAAAAUCUAAACACAGUAAUGAAGAAAUCUUAGAACAACAACUUGGAAUCAAAAUUGUUCAAAAAAAUGAUGGAGUUAAGUUGAAAAGUCAAAAUACAAUGGAUUCACAACAAGAAGAAUUAGCUGCUGCAGCUCAAUUAAAAGUAACAAAUUGGUUUUAUGCAUUGAAACAAUUUCGUCAACCAAGUUUAUUGGCAUUCUUAUUCGUGAUAUGGUUUAUGGGUUUGGGUUUAGGUCAAGUAUUCACAUUUUUAUUUUGGCAUAUGCAAGAAUUAAAUGGUUCACCAACAUUAUUUGGUAUUGCAUCAAUUAUCAAUCAUGUAUCAGAGAUAUUAAUGUAUCAAUUUAGUAAACAAAUAAUUGAUAAAAUUGGUCAUAUAAAAGUUCUGUAUUUGGGAUUAGUUGGCAAUGUGGCAAGAUUUCUUUAUGUCUCUUGGAUCACAAAUCCAUGGUGGAUACUUCCAUUUGAACUUAUACAAGGUCUUACACAUGCUGGUGUAUGGGUAGCCUGUUGUUCAUAUAUUAUGCAAGCAUUCCAGCCGGAAUUUCGUUCAUCAACAUUAGGAUUUCUUCGUGCAAUACAUUAUGGUAUGGGACGUGGUCUAGGUGCCAUAUUUGGUGGACUUGUUAUAUCUAGUUAUGGAACUCCAACAAUGUUCAGGGCGUAUGGAGCAGCAUCCGCUUUAGUUCUUUUAGGAUUUCUUUUAUUGAACUAUUUUAUGCCGAUUCCAGCGGCCAGUGAAGAAUCAAAUGAAGAUGAUAAAAUGUAUGGACAAAUUUCAUCAGACGGACGUAGUUCGAAUACAGGACAAUUUGGUAAUGUAUUCCAAACAACUGAAGUAACUCAUGACUACUAUUUACAAAAUGAACAAAAAUCAAAUCAAUUCCAACGACAACAAUAACAACAAAUAGUUUAUUCAUCAUUUUGGAUCUAAUAACAUUGAAGAUAUAACUCAUUAUUGUUAAAUGUUAUAAGAUCUAUGAUUUUAUGGUUACUAGCAACAACAACAACAACAAACAUGGUAAUAGUUGGUUGUGAAUGUUAUUUCGAAUAUUUCCUUUUUCUCAAAUAAUACAUUACUUCUUUAGCGUUUUCUUAUACAAAAUUAAGUAAUUACAUACUGAAUUCUUUCUUCUUCUUAAAAACCUUCAGUUGAACAUUGAAAAAGAAAAAACAACUUCAUCAAACAUAAUCUUGAAUAAUUGUACUUUAUUUCCAUAUAAACAAUUUCUUAAAUCAUUUCAAAUUUAUUUAUUUAUGAAUAUAUUGACUUAUAACUUUGAUAUAAACUUCUUUAGUUUAUUUGAUUAAUCAUUUAUUGUUACAGUGAAUAAAUUCAUGUCAAGUAUAACAAUGACAAUGUAUAUUCAUUGAAUGGUUGUGAAUUAAUCCUUUCUCCUAUUACAGAUAUAUAUAUAUAUAUAUAUAUAUAUAUAUAUAUAUAUAUGUCAUUUCGCUUCUUCUACUUCUUCUUCUCCUUCUUGUUAUGCAUUUAAUCAUUAUACUUUCUAAUGCUUUGAAGAAGGAAGUACCAAAGUAUUUUAUUUCUCUAAAAACUGAUAACAAUAUUUUACUGCAAGCAAGUACUUACUUCAUUCAUAUUCUAAUUCAAUAUACUAAAUAUUUAUUUAUAUAAUACAUUUUUCAUGAUUAUCAGUAAUCUUUUACUCAAUCACAAAUAAGAAGAAUUUAAAGAUGUAAGUUUACUCAUCAUUCAAAUUGGCGCAUUUUUGAUCAACAAUGAAAACAACAACAAGUUGAUAGUAAUAAAUAGAAAUACAAAGUAAACUUAUAACAAAUUGAAUAUCUUGAACAGAUAAUUUUCUUUGUUAUAAGACUCGACUUUUAUACAGAUAAUCAUGACUAUUUCAAGUUGUGUUUCUAUUUUGAAAAUAAGUCGAAUACUUACAAUUUACAGAAAAAGGUUUAACAAAUAGUUGAAUAAUUAUAAUUUCAUCAUUUUCUUUUUUUUAUUUAUCAAAUUACGAUCAUGUUUAUCAUCAUUUUUCAUAUGAAACUAUGUAUUUCGACUUUGGGGGACGGGUAAACCGGUAAGCCAGGGGUUUUCGUGCACAUGUUACACAUUGUCGCCGAUAUUUUGUGUCAUUAUUUAUCAGCUAUUAACACCAUUUUUUCCCGUCACACGUUAAUUUUCGUAAUGUUUAUGAUUGUUACAUAGCUUUUAUUCCAGUUUAUGAGUAGU